AUAUAUAUAUAUAUUUUAAAAACGUGUUCGGGAAAUAGUGAUUGCAUUAUGGGCCGCUUGACACUUGAAGCGAAGGAAUUCAGUUUGAACGGGGGGGAAAAAAACAACCAGGAAGUUAAACAGAGCAGGAAACGCUGUGGUGGAGCAGCAGACUUAAAAACUUUAAAUAAUAGCGUUAACUAAAAUCACAGUUAAUUCAUCGGAUUGUGGUCAAAGGGCAUAGUUUGCAACAAGAUGGACAUCGAUCCGGAGCGAGGAGGGGCGGCGGCCGAGCCACAGGACAAGGUGAAGAGCUUGAGGGAUCAAGUAGAUGGAGUGAAAGACAUCAUGACGCAGAACGUAGACCGGAUCCUGGCUCGAGGAGAGCGACUCGAUGACCUCAUGGGCAAGUCAGAGGACCUGCAAGCAGGGGCUCAGCACUUCAAGCAGACGUCUCAGAAAGUGGCUCGCACCUACUGGUGGAAGAACGUCAAGAUGGUCGUGGUCAUCGUGGUGAUCGUCCUCAUCAUCGUGCUCAUCAUCAUCCUGCUGGCCACCGGAGUCAUCCCUGUCAGCUCCUCUACGCCUCCUACGACUCCUGUAGUUCCUCCCACCAAGCCAUAAGAGAUGCACACACACACACAAUGUAUAUACAAUCAUAAACAAACCCAUUCUUAUUGCACAUUAUACAAAGUAAUAUAUAGACUAAAGUCAACAAUUGCUGUCUGGUGAAACCUUUAUUACUUCUAAGUUAGUUUCCACUGGUUAAGGUCUUGCUUUUAUUAGAAUUCAACAACUUCCUGCUUUUGGUUUAAGGAACUUGAUUGGCACAUGUGCCUUUUCAGACCCUUAAACACAAUUUAAGCUUAGCUUUUUUUUCAAAAUGUUGUGAGAAAUUAAACAAAAGUGUCUGGAAGGUCCUAGGACUGUCCCUGUUCUCAGAGGAUGCGUCAUAUCACCGCGUCAGUUCCUCCAUGGCUCUCUCACCCCCGGCAAAGAGGGAGUCACAUUAAUUUGCGUAGAUGAAAAGAAGGAAUGUGGAUUUCUCCAGUCUCUUUACUAGACAUCAUGUUUGUCUUGAAUGUUCUCACUUAAGUGCACCUUUUGCAGAAGGCAGGUUGGAUAGUUUAAAAGCUGGAAAAUGCAGUUUCUAAAAUAAGUUGUGUUUUUGCUGUCAUUGGACAAACGCACCAAACGCAAAUCUGUAACAAUUUUAGGUCACACUUUAUUUAAUGAAAGGCUGAAUUGUGUAUUGGAUAUGUAUGUUACUACUUGUGGGCUUAUUUCUUUUCUAAGUGCUUCUUUGUAGUUUCACAAUCUAGAAUAAGCAAUCAUCCAUGGAAAUUCCUUUUUUAAAAUUUGUAAGUUUAUUGAAUGUAUACACUUAGCACUGCUGUAGUUCUCUCAAAAGUACUGUAAUUAGCUCCUUACUGGUGUUGAGGGCUUAUGUUUGAGUAGAAUCAAAGGUUAGGCUUUGUCAGACCUUCCUCCACAGUGCUGCGGAGGAAGGUCUGGCUAGUCCACACAACAUUCUGGGGUGGGAGAGAAAUGUGCUCUGGUUUAUUGGCAUUUCUUUAAACCAAUCCCAAUCGUCUUGAGCGGUGCUUAGUGCCGAGCGGAGCCACGGUGCCGUUUAAAGUUGCUUUAGUCUUGCAAAUUGGACAGAUAGUCUAGCUAGCUGUCAGGAUUUACCCUGCAGAGAUCUGAGGAGCAGUUAACCAUAGUCCUCAGAAAUCCAUCGGAUCCAAAUACGGACACCCUAAAAGAGUGACAUCCGGUGUAAUUUCCGGCAGAACGAGUGCAAUCUUGGAGGUGGGACUAGGAAACAACUGUUAUUCAUUCAAGAAUCCCUGAUCUGUGUUGAGUUUCAAAACGGGGAGCUGGGACACCCCUGGCUACAUCCCAGUGUGUCUUUGAUUAAGCCUAUACCAUUUAACUAAUGAUGGGACCUGUUUUUCUACUCCACGUCAAUGCUUGGUCCUUUAGAAGGGAAAGUAACAGAAAUUGUAGCUUUGUACAGUUGUGAUCUGCAGUAUCAUUAGUCUUUUUAACAGAUCAUGUCCUUUUUUUCCUUUUGCUGUGUUUUUAGCUCUAGAGAUAUUACAGUUUAAAUGUCAGGCUUUGGUACUUUGAUUUAAUAAACAAACAAACCAAUAGGGUCUGCUUUUCAUGGUCUGUUCCCACAGUUGUAGUUUUGGAGGAUCAGGCUGUUCCAGCCAACCAGCUGAGAGCGAUCACUUACAGUUACAGCCCCUCCAUGGCUUCCCCCUGCUGGGUCCAUGGCAACCAAUAGCCCCCCCCCCCAUAGUCACAGCUUAUGACUAGGAAAACCUCUUUCAGAAUACAAGAUCACCUCCCCACCACUGUCUGCUGUUACAGGACCAGUUUAGAUCCUAAUAGGUCAAAAAUGAUUCCCAUUCUGAGCUGUAAAUAGUCAACAUAGUCACACAUAUUUGCAAUAGCCUUUAACCAAAUGUUGUUAAUGAAAGUAUCUUUCUUUAGAAAUUUCAUUCAUGUUUUUUCUUUUUUAAUCAAAAAUGAACUAAUAAAAACUGCAAGGGAUUUCCGUAUGAACAGGUAAUCCAGACUAAUUCAUUGUAAAAUGGUUGUUGCUGUUCAUCCUUUUUCUGUAAGUGCAGUAGGUAUAUUUUGGAACAAAUUCUCCAUUGUGUUUUUUUUUUGCAAGGCUCUGGGGUGCAGUAGUACUAAUCUCUUUGCCUGUUAUCUGGCUCAUCCUGAUGUGAUUAAGGCUGUGUGAGGACAUUGACAUCCCAUUUCUGUUCCUGCAGGCUCCAGCUGCAGCAGGUCUGUCUCUGUCUUGAAUCCACAUUCUCAAAACAGAUGAAAUAACAUAAUCCUGCUCAGCUGACCUGUGAUGUAUGUUGAUGUUUGAGUAGCAGAAUCCUCAUGGUCUUUUUCUGAUGACUUAUGGUAUUUAAUGGUUUAAAUGUUCUAUGAAAUAAAUAAUAUUUACCUCUG